AUGUUUGAGCUACAUGGAGUACAGGCACUGAGGAAGAAGAAGCACCACCAUAGCGCUUCAUACGUGGAUGUAAAGCUGGAACAAGGUUUGAAGCAAUCUCCUGAACAGCGCCAACAUCACACUAUUAUGUACGACGUGCCAUUGUCCAGCGUGACCGACGACCCCGAUUUCGAUUCGUGGAAAAACAGGUCGCACGAGAAACUGUUUCAACAAGCUUCCUACGUGGAUGUACCGCUGGGUGAGCAGCAUGGUAUGGAGCUAUCCUUUGGACAGUGUCAACAUCACCUUGCCGUGCGCGACGAGAAAAUGCCCAGUGUGAAAAACGAAUUUCUGACCGACAGCCCCGAUUCCGAUUGCAAGGAUGAUAUCCACGACAGCGUUCAAUUAGGCGAAGCGUCUCUGGCAGUGUUAACCACUUGUGAUAAGAUCGACAAUUUCAGAACUGUAGAAAGUGGCGAACGACAACUGAUGGAGGUGUUACCAUCUGGUCAACACCACCAAACAACUUUCAACGUGGAUGUUCAGCAGUGUGUGCAGCAUAGUGAGCUAUCUCUUGAACAGUGGCAACAGCACGCUACCAUGUAUGACGAGAAAUUGGUCAAUGUGAAAGACGAAAUGGGCCAAAAAAUGCUUCAUGGUAUUUCGGCUAUCCAGCCUCAUGACAGCGUUAGGUUUCUUGAACUCAAAAAGGCACAGACAAAACAUAACGAUUAUCUCAAGCUACAACUCAAAUCCGUCCGUCGCAGGCUGUUCGUUUCUGAGCAAACAAGCAACCGUCGCUUGGCUACUGCUAAUAGGAAUAGACGCACCAUCUUGAAGAUGAGGAACGAAAUGAAUGCUUUGAAAAAACAAAAAUCGUCAGUAGAAAAACUUGGCGCACAAGCGGCUGCGAAUCCCGUAAUUAGGGAUUUUUUGAAUAAUGCGAAUCGGCGUCCAAAGGCUCGUCGGUAUCAUCCAGCGACGAUUAAGUUUGCUGCCGGAAUUUAUCUAAGUGGUCCGCGUACAUAUCGAUUCAUCAGGAACUCCAAGCAUAUUGUACUGCCCCACAAAAGCACCGUUUAUAACUACAACAAAAAUAUUCGAUUGGAGCCAGGUCUGAAUGAAGUUAUUCUGAAUUUAAUGAAGAGUAAGGUGAAGCGGAUGCGAUCUAAAAUGGAUAAAAUAGUUAUGAUCUGUAUCGACGGAAUGUCAGUAAAACCAGAGCUAACCUACUGCGCGAAAUCGGAUACAUUUUACGGCUUUCCAAAUCAUGGCUUACUUCGAAAAAUUGAAAAAAAUGACCCUUCAAAACUAGCGACUGAAGCAGUUGUAGUUAUGGUGUCUGGGAUAUACCGCAGCUUCAAACAGCCGAUUGGAUAUCUUCUGGCUCACAAUAGUCUUGGCAGUGAAAUACAAAUGAAAUUUAUCAAGAAAACUGUUAAAGCUAUUCGUGAAACAAAACUAAUUCCGAUUGCCCUUGUGAUGGACCAGUCCACGACCAACCAAAAAAUGGCACGUGAGGUAGGAGCAACAAUGGACAAUCCGAUAAUCAAAAUUCACAACGAAAAUAUUGCUAUCAUGUUUGACACACCACACCUAUUGAAGAACGCUCGAAACGCCCUGUACAAAUACAAUGCAGUUUUCGACAAUCAAAUAGCAUCGUUCAAACACAUUAAACAUCUUUAUGAAAUAGAUGUGACAUCAACGUUGCGUUUGGUACCAAAAUUCAACAUAAAACUAUCAAUCUUCCGCCAUUCACAAAAUGAAUGUGGCAAUGGCAACAAGAACUUUAAGCGAAUCCACAGCAACUGCCAUUAA